AUGGCAUCCUGGCGCCCCCUUUCAUCUCACCUCCGCCCAUCAGCAUCAACACUAGCAUAUACCAGAACCCUCUCCAGCAAACCACACAUUCAGCAAAAGCUCCCCCACGUCCCAUCGAACAAACUAAACUCACGGUUCCGAGAAUUCGACCUCCAAGGUAAAGUCUUCGCCGUAACGGGUGGAGCAAGAGGGUUAGGGCUUGCUAUGGCUGAGGCUUUGGUGGAGGCUGGCGGGAAGGUAUACUGCCUAGACAGACUCCCCAAACCAGACGAUGAAUUGCACACAGCCCAGAAACGCGCGAAUCCUGAUUUCGGUGGCUCACUGCACUAUCGCCGGAUGGACGUUCAAGAUCGCGAAAAUACGAAACAGACAAUGGCAGAAAUCGCAAACGAGAACAACCGUCUCGAUGGACUCGUCGCAGCAGCGGGCGUUAACCACGUUGAAACUGCAAUCGACUAUUCCCCCGCUGAUAUCGAUCGUGUUGUAGGCAUUAACUAUAUUGGUAUCUUUACCUCCGCGACUGCAGCCGCUACACAGAUGCUCGAGAAGAAAUGCCGGGGCUCGAUUCUGCUCGUCGCGAGUAUGAGCGGUCUCGUCGCGAACAAAGGCAUGAUGUCGUCUGUGUAUAACUCAUCCAAAGCGGCCGUGAUACAGCUCGCGCGGAGUCUGGCGAUGGAGUGGGCGCGUGUCGAUAGAGAUGGAAAGGGAGGUAUUAGAGUAAAUUGCUUAUGCCCGGGCCAUGUGAUGACGCCGAUGGCUAGGAUGGCGAUUGAUAAAUCGCCCGAGACGAAGAGGUUAUGGGAGUCGGAGAAUAUGCUGGGACGGUUGGCGAGGGUGGAGGAGUUUCGGGGGACGACGUUGUUGUUGUUGAGUGAUGCGAGCAGCUUUAUGACGGGGAGUACGAUUGUGUUGGAUGGGGGGCAUACGGCUUGGUAGUUUAUUUUUAGUAAUGUCAUUUGACAACACAUGAAUUGGAGAUCGAUGAAG